AUGAAGAUGAAGCGAAAGAGAGAGCCAGUAAGCUUUCUUACUGUGGAACCCGAGUGCUGCACCGAGGCCGUUCAGUUGUGGGGGAAUGCUAAUAAUACAAGGCGUCAACAGUCUAAUUUGACUGAAAAGGCAAGAAAGCACCUCUCUGCCAUGGGCUGGAAGUUUUGGUACACAAUGCUUAAGCAUGGCAAGACUGAGUUGCGUUACGAGUCUCCAACCGGAAAACUCUACAACUCGCUACGAAUGGCUUGCAAAGCCUACAUGAAAUCCCAAGGUGGAGGAGGAGUGUUUUCCGAAAGCAUUGGUUCGAAUUCCGUGGGGUGCUCUUCUAGUAAGGUUACACCGCAAUCAUCAAUGAAAAGAUUACAAAAGAGAAAAGUCGAUGAAUCAUUUAAAAUUGAUGAUCAAAGUCCCAAGCCAAAACGAGGUAAGAUUCUUGCGGAUUUGAAAAGACUUAGAGAUCAGAAGAAAGCUAAUAGUCAGCAGGAUGAUAUAUCCACUGUGUGUCAAAAUGAUGAUCAGAGUGAUGAUAUAUGUACUUUGUGUCAUUAUGGGGGUGAGCUGAUCCUGUGUGAUAAGUGUCCCUCUGCAUUCCAUACUAGUUGUCUUGGGUUGAAGGAACUGGCAGAUGGCGAUUGGUUAUGCCCAUCAUGUUGUUGUGGGAUGUGCGGGCAUGGAAAAUUUGAAGAAAGCAGCAGUGAAAAGCCUAAGGAAGAUAUGGAUAAUAGUAUGCUGAUAUGCAACCAAUGUGAGCAUAAAUAUCACAUUGGGUGCCUGAAGAAUGCAGGGGUUGUGAAAUUGAAAUGGGAUUCCAAGGGAAAUUGGUUUUGCAGCAGAAAUUGUGAAGACAUAUUUUUGAGCCUCAACGAGAUUUUGGGAAAACCGAUUCUGGUGGGUCCUGACAAUCUUACUUGGACAUUGUUGAAGCCAUCUUCCUCUCAUUCUGAUAUGGAGGACUACACAGAAAAUUACAGAAAACUCAAUUUGGCUCUGAGUGUGAUGCAUGAGUGUUUUGAGCCUUCUAGGGACCCUUACACCAAAAGGGACAUUGUUGAGGAUAUUAUUUUCAACAGAGAGUCAGAGCUGAGCCGCUUGAAUUUCAAAAGGUUUUACACAAUUGUUUUGGAGAGAGAUGAGGAAUUGAUUAGUGUGGCCACUGUAAGGAUCUACGUGGAGGUUGCAGAAGUACCUCUUGUUGCCACUAGGUUCCAUUAUCGUAGACUCGGAAUGUGCGGUAUUUUGAUGAAGGAGCUUGAGAAACAGCUCAUGAAGAUGGGAGUUGGGAGGUUGACUUUGCCUUCUGCUCCAAGCGCACUCCAUACAUGGACCACUUCGUUUGGGUUUUCAAAAAUGAAGGCGGAUGAGAGGUUGCAGUUUCUGAGUUAUACUUUUUUGGAUUUCCAGGGUACUAUCAUGUGCCAUAAACUCUUGAGACAUAGCGAUACUGGCGGAUCGACCAGUGCCAACUCUACAGUAACUCAGGCAGAAGACAAACAGCUAGAGACUGGAGCUUUAGACCAUGAUCACAAGUUUUUGAUUGACGAUGUUGAUAGCAUGUUGUUGGACAUUAACGACCCAGGUUUCUUAUCAUGGCAUAUGGGUUUAGGCUGA